AAGUGGAAUUUGCUAUCUAACAUUGAAGAACCUGUAUAUCUCAACUAGGGACUCACUAAUGUACAUCACAAAUUCAGUCAUUGGCUUUGUGAAGGAUUUUGGCCCUACCAUUUGGAAAUAUGUCAAGUAUCAGAUCUAUCCCAAGGAUUAUAUAUGCCAUUUUGAAGCAAUGCAAAAGAAGCUAGAAGACCGAGUAAAUGACGUUGAGGCAGAAUUAGAGACGCAACUUAACCAGCCUGGAAAGAAGGCAAGGAACGAAGUUGAUGCUUGGCGUGAGGAAGCACACAAAGAAACUACUGUGAAGGUUGAAGAUCUGAUCUGCAAAGGAGGUUGUUUCACAUUUAUUUGCUCAUCAAGAAAGCUUGAUGAAAAGACUCGAGCACUGAACGAAGGAAUAUUUAGGGACGGAGAAAAAUACACUAAUGGUGGUGCGAGUUUGGUAAUAGAAGAUCACUCAAUCCAAUAUUGUGUGAGUGUAUUCGAAGAGAAGCAAAAGCAGUUGAAGUACCAAAAGGAAAAAAUUGAGGCAAAUUUGAAGACUCAGCUUAAGCAACCUGGAAAGAUUGCCUGGAAGGAAGUUGAAGACUGGUUGGAGAAAGUAAGCCAACAAAUUGCCAUGAAGGUUGAAGAUCUAAUCAGCCAAGGGGAAUGUUCCUCAUCAACCAACCUCGAGGAAAAGAUUGAAGAAUUGAAGCGAAUACUUGAGAAAGGAAAAGAAUUCACUAAUGAUGUUGUCAGUUUGGUCGUAGAUGAUCACUCAAGAAAAGGAGUUGCACUACUCACUGAAAAAUGCAUUGCACGGGAUGACGUGAAAGAUAAAAUCUUGCAAUUGUUGAGGGGAGACAAGGUUAAAAGGAUAGCAGUAUGUGGAAUGGGUGGCGUGGGCAAGACAACAAUCAUGAAGCAAGUCCACAACCAACUAUUGAAAGAACCCAAAUUUGAUAAAGUUAUUUGGGUUAAAGUAUCAAAGGACUUUGAUAUUGUUGUUCAACAAAAAAAUCAAUUUGAUAUUCUCAAGUUUCAGAAGAGCAUUGCAAGAAAAUUGAGAUUAGAUUUGAAGAAUGGAGAUCAAGAUGCAAUAGAGCUUGCAGGACUGAUAUCAGAUAUAUUGCAACAAGGUAGUUGUGUGUUAAUUCUAGAUGAUGUGUGGGAGCCUUUUUCUCCAGAAGAUGUUGGAAUCCCUGAUCUAGUUGGAAAUAAUGGUUGCAAGUUAGUGCUCACAACACGGUUGCAACAAAAGGUUGCUCGUGCAAUGGAGUGUGAGGUGAUCCAAGUGAAGCCUCUUAUAGAUGAAGAAGCCUUGAAAUUAUUCUUGGAUAAAUUUGGAAGUGCCGUGCUAUCCUAUCCUAGAUUCAAAAGUGAUAUUGAGCCAUUUUUGAAACAAAUUUUGAAGAAAUGUAAUGGUCUACCUCUUGCUAUUAGGGUAGUGGCAAAGACCAUGAGAGGAAAAUUUGAUCGUUACUCAUGGGAGAUUGCAGGUAGAGAAUUGAGCAAAUCUGAAGAAAUUAUUGAUCGUUUGAAAUUCAGUUAUGAUCACUUGGAAGAACAAUACAAGAAGUGUUUCUUAUACCUUGCAUUGUAUCCUGAGGAUCAUGAAAUCUCAAAAGAGGAGUUGAUUGAGUUUUGGAUUGAGGAGGGAUUUAUAAUAGAUGAAAGGGGAUCUCGGGAUUUAAUGAUUUGUGAGGGCCAUGUUAUUUUGGAGAAGUUGAUAGACAAUUGCAUGUUAGAAUUGGUUGAAAAUAAAUACAAAAAAGGUUGGGUGAGUGUGCAAGAAUUGGCUAAAAGAAGAUACAAAGAAGAUUGUGUGAGUAUGCAUGAUAUUCUCCGAGAAAUGGUAUUGAAUAUCAGUCCUCAAUUCAUGGUGAAAGCUGGCAUGGCUUUGGAAGAGCUACCAGAGGAGCAUGAAUGGAGAGAAGAUCUUUUGAAAGUUUCUCUAAUGAAUAAUAGCAUAAGAGAAAUUCCUUCAAGCAUGUUGUCUCCUAAGUGUCCAAUGCUCACAACCUUGUUGCUGUCCAAUAACAGUAUUACAACAAUUCCAGAAGCUUUUUUUGAUCAGAUGCUUGGGCUGAAGAUCCUUGAUCUUUCCAAUAAUGAGUGCCUAGGUAGGUUGCCGAGUUCUGUUUCCAAAUUGGAGAAUCUUACUACACUACUACUGGAGAAUUGUGAGUCCUUAAAAGAGGUACCAUCUUUGUCCAACAUUGGAGGCUUAAAAAAGUUAAACCUUUUUGGAACAUCAAUUGAAGAACUACCCCAAGGCCUCAACAUGUUAACCAAUGUAAAAUAUCUUUCGCUUGGUGGAAGAUUAUCUGAAAUACCUGAUGGACUGCUACGAAAUCUCUCCAAACUUCAAUAUUUAGGAGUAGAUUGGAGUAUAGCACUGAAAUGGGAAGAGAUUGGAAGAUUGAGGAAGGUGGAAUCUCUUGAUGGCCGGUUCUCUACGGUGGAUAAUAUGAGCCUCUUUGUCAAGUCUGAAAGAAAGUUUCCAAAUCGGUAUAGAAUUUUUGUUGGAAGUUACAAUGAAAAUGAUGAAUACAAUUAUAACAAAACCUUUUUAGAUGCUAAGAAAUUAAUUGUAUGCUGUCAUAUUGAUAUCUGUGGGGAGCCUAAUUGGUUACCACCUGAUGCACAAGGCUUCUACAUCUGGGAUUGCAAGGAUGUGAAAAGCUUGAAUGGCAUUUCUGGCUUUCAAGAUGCAACCGACUUGCGGCAUUGCACCGUUGAUAAAUGUGAUGGCAUGGAGUUUGUGGUUUCCUCGUGCUGCUUAAAGCCGCUUCAAAACCUAGAGUCGUUGUACCUUUAUGAUUUGCCUAACUUGAAUGCGGUGUUUGGAGAAGUAGGAGCAGUUGCUAAGUCAGUGCCAUUGCCAGCCGGUACUUUUUCUUCUCUUCAAAAAAUUAGUGUUUGGAGAUGUGGAAAGAUAAAAAAGUUAUUACCACUUAGGUUGUUGCGGUAUCUCCAGAAUCUACAUACUAUUAAGGUUAGAUGGUGUUAUCAAAUUGAGGAGAUAAUAUGGUCCGAAUAUGAAGGAGAAGAAAAAGCCUUAGAAAAACUCACUCUACCCAAGUUACAAAGGUUGAAAUUGUAUUGUUUGCCCGCAUUGAAGAGCAUCUGCAGUAGUUCCAGUACUGUUUUGAUCUGUGAUUCCAUCAAAAGGAUUGAAAUUAAGGUGAGCUACAAAAUAGAAAGUGUUUUUUGGUCGGGGUUCAACCCAAUUCCAACCCUUGAGUAUCUUGAGGUUUGGUAUUUAGGGAAUCUGAAAUCCGUGUUUGAUGAAGAAGCUCUCAGUUUAUCGACCUCUCCCACCACUUUUUUCUCUCUUAAAACAAUUGAUGUGUGUGGGUGCCCUGAUUUAAUGAAAGUAUUCUCAUCUGGAUGUCUGCUUGGCUCCUUCCAAUCUCUAGAGACUAUUAAAGUUAGAGACUGUGACCAAAUGGAGGAGCUGAUAUCAUCAUCGACCAACGAGGAAAAAAAUGCCCUAGAAAAAAUCACUCUACCCAAUUUACAAAGGUUGGAAUUGAAGAAGUUGCCCAAAUUGAAGAGCAUCUGUAGCAAUUCUAGUGUGUUGAUUUGUAAUUCCAUCAAGAGUUUGGAGAUGGGCGAUUGUGAGAAGCUAAAGAGGAUUCCUCUGCAUCUUUCGUCACUUGACAAUGGCCAGCCUCCUUCCUUGAAACAAAUUCAGGUAGACACAAAAGAAUGCUGGGAAUCAUUGGAAUGGGACCAAUCCAAUGCAAAGGAUGUCCUUCUACCUUUUGUAAAUUUCCGUUGGAUGGGCUAAGAAGCAACGGAGUGCAGGCUCUUUGGUAAUUGGGCGGUGCAAAUGUAAGCCUUUUUAGCUUCAAUUUGCUAUUUUUGAUUCUGAUUCUUAUUCAACUUAGUAGGAGUUUUCAUUUUUUAUGCUUCCUCCUUCCUUUCUAUCUCAACAAAUCUCUUUCUCUCACUCCUGUCUUUUCUUUUCAAUGUCUUUUGUUUCUUCUCCCCAUUGGCAGCAAAGCUGGAGUUGGACUCUGUUACCACAAGAAAGCUGGAGGAAAUCACAAUUGCUUGCAUCUGUUGUUGUUGGAUUUUCAAUUUAACAUACAUAGGCUUGAUAUAUAUAUAUAUAUAUAUAUUGGUGUGUUGUGAUUUUAAAUAUGUCAAAUUCUAAUUGGAAAUGUUUGUUUCUUUAUUUGUGUAAUUUUAUAUUUUAAUCCUUUGUGGAAGGAUCUGUCUUGUUUCCCAUGUUAUGUCUUUCUCUGCGUCUGCAUCUUUGCUUUUAUUGUAAUAAGCAUUUUACCUAAAA